AUGGCUACAUGCCUUUUGCAGUCCUAUUACCUAGAAAAGGAAAAAAAAAAANUUCUCUUCCCGUCUAAGCCUUUGUUUCCUAUUGCCCCAAAGAUAUUUGGUAAUACUUGUUUUGUUCAUGAUGUUCGACCCCAGGUAACCAAGUUAGAUCCCAAAUCUCUUAAAUGUGUUUUUCUAGGUUACUCUCGUCUUCAGAAGGGAUAUCGAUGUUAUUGUCCUAGUCUUAAUAGAUAUCUGGUGUCACCUGAUGUUACUUUCUUAGAAAACACCCUUUUUUUUCCUACUUCGUCUACCUAUACACGUCAGGGGGAGGACAAUGACUUAUUAAUCUAUACUGCCACAUCCUUACCGGCUACUCCCACACCUGAGGCUUCCCCACCUACUGUUCCUCCUCCAGCACCACCACAUGUCCGUCCACUACCUCCAUUUCGCAUUGUUUAUUCUCGUCGACAGGAACCUCAUGUACCAGUCCCUUCGUCGUUAGACCCAGUCUCCAGUGAUCCCGAUACCUAUGUUCCUCGUCAAGAAGACACUCAGACUUCAUGUCCUACCCAAGACUAUUCGUCGUUGGAUCCAACCUUGCGUGAUCUUGAUCUUCCUAUUGCUCUUCGGAAAGUUGACAAUCGACAUGGAGCAAACUUUGCUGCUAGUCGAGCUACAAUCCAGCAAGUAAAUGGUCAGUUAUGUGAGGGACGUUAUAGCCCCUUAUCUCUCGGUAUUCAGCUUUCGGAGUUUGAGCAACUUAAAGUCCGCACUAAUGAGUUUUACAUUCAAGCCAAUUGCUCACACACCAAAGUCAAAAGUGGUCUGCCAAGGCCAAAAGACUUCUCAAAGGCUCUUUACACUAUAGAUUGUGGACAAAAUGAUCUUCAUUAUUUAGUUACAACGAUGACGGAGGACCAAGCCAAGGCAGCCAUCCCCAAUAUAACUGAUCAGUUUGUUCAAGUCAUAGAGAAGCUCUACCAAGAAGGAGCAAGGAAAUUUUGGAUACAUAAUAUAGGUCCCAUUGGGUGCUUGCCACUUAUGGUUAUUCACCAUGCCAAGUCUGGUGAUGUAGACGAAAUUGGUUGCGUUAAGUCUCACAAUGAGGUUGCUCAAGAAUUCAACAGGCAGCUUAAAUACAGGAUUUACCAACUAAGUUGCCGACUUCAGGGGGUGGAGCUUAUUUCUGUCGAUAUCUAUUCAGCUAAGUACACUUUAAUCAGAGAAGCAACCAACUACGGUUUUCUUAAUCCUUUUGAGUAUUGUUGUGGGGAUGAUAAUUGCAAAUGUUGGGAGACAUCUGCAACAAAUAUUAGUGCAUGCAAUGAUCCAUCAAAAUACAUUAGUUGGGAUAGCCUGCAUUAUACUGAAGCUGCAAACUACUGGAUAGCAAGCCGCAUUAUGAAUGGCUCAUUUUCUGAUCCUCCGAUUUCCCUCGAGAAAGCAUGUUGAGAUCCUCUUCUUCACUCACGUUUAUCACCUCCAACAUGUUAUCCACCAUGUUUUUGUUUUUUUUAAGUGUAAUAACCAGAAUUCUUCGUCUUUUGAUCCUGGCGGAGGCUUAUUAAUAAAUAAAGAUGUAAUAAUCUAGCUCUUCAUA